CUCUUGACCUUGCAGGUUACUGACCCAACGAAUGUUUCUGAGUCAUACUCCAACUUUGCUUCUGUAAGAGAAUUUAUACUCCUAAGUUUUUCUUGUGAGUGGAAGAUUCAGAUCCUCCUCUUCUCACUCUUCACCACAACAUAUGUUUUGACCGUAACAGGGAAUGGGGCCAUUGUUUGUGCUUUGUGGUGUGAAUGGCGACUCCAUGUCCCCAUGUACAUUUUCCUGGGAAAUUUCUCCUUUUUAGAGAUUUGGUAUGUCUCUUCUACAGUUCCCAAUAUGUUGGUCAAUUUCCUCUCAUAUAAAAAGACCAUCUCCUUUACUGGAUGUUUCCUUCAAUUUUAUUUCUUUUUCUCUUUGGGAACAUCUGAAUGUUUCCUCUUGGCUGUCAUGGCCUUUGAUCGGUACCUUGCUAUCUGCCAUCCCUUGCACUACCCUAACAUCAUGACUGGACACUUCUGUACCAAACUGGUCAUUAUCUGUUGGGUUUGUGGAUUUCUGUGGUUCCUGAUCCCCAUUGUAUUCAUCUCUCAGAUGCCCUUCUGUGGUCCAAACAUUAUCGACCAUGUUGUAUGUGACCCAGGGCCACUGUUUGCAUUGGCAUGUACCUCUGCUCCAACAAUCCAACAGCUUUGCUAUACUUUAAGCUCAUUAGUUAUCUUUGGUAACUUCCUUUUUAUCCUUGGGUCCUAUACACUUGUCCUAUUAGCUGUGUUGCGUAUGCCUUCAGCCACUGGGAGACACAAGGCCUUCUCAACCUGUGGGUCUCAUUUGGCUGUGGUAUCACUAUUCUAUGGCUCUCUGAUGAUCAUGUAUGUGAGCCCAGGACUUGGGCAUUCUGCUGGUAUACAGAAAGUUGCAACUUUGUUCUAUGCUAUGGUAACUCCAUUCUUCAACCCCCUCAUCUAUAGCCUUCGGAAUAAGGAGAUAAAAGCAGCCCUGAGGAAAGUUCUAGGGCGUCUCAGUAUAAUCCAAACUAUACUGAAUGAUCCUCCCGUUAUCAGGUCAGUAUAG